AGCACUUGAGCGCGUACAAAAAUUCAUCUUACCCAAACGGUCGGACGUUUCGAGCUGUGUACACAAAAGGCGGCACGGUUUUUUUGAGCCGAGAAAGUAGAACCGCUCUGUAAUAUUUACGUGUGAAAGCCCCGUCUGCAGCACAGCAAGUCAAAAUGGCUACAUCACAGGAUCACUGCAUUACGCUGCAAGGUUCCGCGGCCAUCAUCCACGAGUAUCUGAAGUAUAGCUCGCACUCGAUCAUCUUUCAGCGGGGCAUCUAUCCGGCCAGCGACUUCCAGCCGAUAGAUUACAACGGUGUGCCGAUGAUGGUUUCGCGCGACCCGCGCAUCAAAGAGUACAUCGACUUGAUCAUGGAGCAGGUCCACGAUUUGAUCAUGAAGCGGAUGAUUACCAAGGUGACGAUGUGCAUCGUGACGGUGGAGAGCAAGGAGGUGGUGGAGCGCUGGGACUUUAACAUCCAGCCGACGUACGACGGGGAGCAGGGCGAGGAGCCGGCCGUACCGAAGGAACUGAAGAAGAUCCAGUCGGAGAUACGGGACGUGAUGCGGCAGAUCGUGGCCACGAUCAGCUUUCUGCCCUGUCUCGACCAACGCUGCACCUUCGACAUCAUGCUGCACACGGUCGGCGAGGUGUUCGAGGCCAACCCGACCAUGAUCAAGCAGUUCCGUGAGGAAGAUAUGGCCAGCAUCGAGAUCGAGGGUGCGCAAACGAUCGCGCUGAAGCAGUUCAGCACCGGGCUGCAGACGGUUGACACGAAGGUGGUGUACCGGGUGACCGAUCCCUAGUGGACAGGCGACCAACCGACCUUUGGCCUUUGUUUUAUUACCAGUUUAAGUAUUUUUUUAAUCUUUUUUGCAUGCAUAAAUAUUGACAUAAAGUGGCUGUGAUGGGUGGGAGACAGCGAGCAUUUGUUAAUAAGACGAUGAUAUCGAGCUGAAAACGGAAGGGCUUUCUUUCAUUCCAUUGGUUAGCUCUCAGUGAUUGGCAAUGUACGUGUUGACGGUGGAACUCGGGCUAGUUCACGCGGAAAGGAAAGGUCUUCAGUGUCCUAAGUCCCAACCGAAAACGGGUUCAUAGGAUAAGAUUCCAUUCUGCCCGAAAAGAGGUAUUGCAACAAAUUGUGUAUUAUACUUUCCGCUAGCAUUCUCGGUUCGUAGUAAUCUAUGCAGCGAAAGUGGCACAAUUGAUACCACAGCUUUUCGGAUGUGGCAGAGUGACCCGGAUGAGACCUUAAGCAAAUCCUAGGAAAGGCCAAGACGUUCAAAAGAAAAUCGUGACGUUCUCCGUUAAGGUACUGAAUUAAAUCUCACGUUUAUUAAACAAAAUCGGUUCUUAUAUAUAGUGGAACCCCUCAUAACGAGUUAAAUCCGUUCCAAUGACUCACUUGUUAUGCAAAAAGCUCGUUCUGUGGGAUGAUGAUGAUGGUGAGUCCCACCUCUUACCCCGACAAUGGAUUGAGGGGAACGAAUUUAUCACUAGGAUAUUACAUUUACAAUACAAUACAAUACGGCCUGUUUGGACCGUUCCUCAUACUUCUGUUCUGAAUCUUCUGAAGUCGCGAUAAUUUAGUUUCAGAAGCCAGAAAUCAAUGUACGACCUUUUUUUUAUUUCAGGCUUUGCAUCUAAUAGUAUAUUGGAAAUAAUCAACAUUUUGGAUUUACUCUUAUUCAAUUUUAAUUUCUUGUACAUCAGGCAUCUACUGAAGAGGGAGUCUCUUUUUCCAUAGAAUUCGUAUGAAAAGUGAAAUAAUUGGUUCCAGGUCAAGAAAAGUGCAGAUAUAUAGGGAUUAAAUACAUCACAACCAUACGGAACACCUCCAAGUAGCAACAGUAAUCCAUUGACCAGUUCUUAGUAUCGUCAAAAUAUUGUUAAAAAGGAAAUUAUGUAGCAAUUAAGCUGAAGACACUACCUCACUUACUCCACCUGUCGAUAAGCACAGCAAAAAUGUCAGCUCGUAGUUAUCAGUUAUCUAGACGUAGAGUGAACGCGCCCACGGCCCGCUCCGAUUUUUUUUUUUUAAUUUUUGAAUAACUUCGUGAGCACUGUAUGACUUUUGAACUAGCAAGUGGGAGUUUAUGUGUCACCUCCCCUACACUUUUCCUCCACACUCCUCCACACCUAGCUGCCUCUUUUGGAAAUAGUUUGAUUUUUAACGCUUCUUACUAUUGAAACUCUCGAAACUCGUUAUGCGUAAAAUAAUCGUUAUAAGGGGUACUCGUUAUGAGAGGUUCCGAUAUUUGAUGGCGAGAAACUUGUGAAAAUAUUGUGCCUUUUUUCGGAACUCUAUCUACUUCAGAGAAAAUUCGGUCAUUUUUGUGCUUUAUCAAUUUGGCAUCGAGAAUACUUCGAGAACACUUUUACAUAAUUGCACAGGCUCCUGCGGUAGCAAAGUUUACCUUCCACCGGAAGAGCAACAACGCAAAUGAUGUAGUGUGAAUUUUGUGAUAUUUUUGCGUGAAUGUGAACUGCUGAAGUAAAAUUGUAUUUUUCCUCCCAUUGUUUGUCAUAAAUCGUUGCAACGAUGACGUGUUGCUUGGGCGAAUAA